AUUGACUCCGGGCUGCCAGAGAAUGCUUUGAGUUGGAGAAGCUUUAGUGUGAGUGUGUUAGUGUGAGUGAACGCGCAGAGACAUGCAGCAGACGGAGGUGUACCUCUACGAGAAGGUGGCGAUCCUCAUCUCCUGCCUGCUGUCGGUGCUGGGGUCGACGCUGAUCAUCGCCACCCACCUGUGGUGGCCGGAGCUGCGGAGCAAGGCUCGCCAGUUGCUGCUCUUCCUGUCGCUGGCAGACCUGCUGUCGGCUCUGUCCUACGCCUACGGGGUACUGCGGGACUUCCAGCGCUCCUCGUGGGACUGCGUGCUGCAGGGGGCCGUCUCCACCUUCGCCAACACCAGCUCCUUCUUCUGGACCGUGGCCAUAGCCAUCUACCUGUACCUGCUCAUCGUCCGCUCCGACCAGAGCCUGGCCGACAGCCUGGUCUUCUGGUCCCACGCCGUCAGUUGGCUCGUGCCUUUGGUCAUCACUGUGGCUGCAGUCGGCCUGCAGAAGAUAGGUUACGAUGCUUCUGACGUGUCGGUGGGCUGGUGCUGGGUCAGCAUCGAGGCAGAGGACAACGUCUUAUGGAUGCUUUUGACGGGCAAAAUCUGGGAAUUCGUGGCCUACAUCACCCUGCCAAUACUCUACAUCCUCAUCAAGAAGCACAUCUACAGAGCGCAUGAAGCCUUGUCAGAGUAUCGCCCGAUCCUCACCAGCAGUUCCAGUCACCACGCCAGGUCUUCCAUUGCUGACCGCAAGCUGACCCUGAUACCCAUCAUAUUCAUCUUCCUGAGAAUGUGGAGCACGGUGAGGUUUAUACUGACGCUCUACAACUCCGAUGCUGUGCAGAAUCGAAUCCUGGUGAUGCUACAUGGGAUAGGGAACACCUUCCAGGGUGCAGCCAAUUGCAUUAUCUUCGUCCUCUGCACCGAAGCCUUUCGGUCGCGGCUAGUGUCUGGUCUCUGCGGCUGCUGCAAGGGUGACCCCGAUCCUGUGCCCCGCAAGGCCAUGCUGAACCAAUGCGAGGAGGUGCAGCCGUGACUGCCCGCUGGCAAAUCCCCGCACAAUAACGCUCUCCAAGGGCGCUGGAGCAGUCCGACUUUCAACGGCUUCAACGAAGACUGGGGCACAACACAUGCUACACUUUCGUGGUGAGGAGGGCGUUGUCUAGUUUGCCUGGCUCUGCUGAUGCAGGAUGGAUGUUUUGAUGGUGCUUACAAUGGAAUGGCCUGGCAAUGCUCAGUUCACCAGCCGCGGAGACAAUUGGACAACAAGGAGUUUCCAGAACCACAGUGCCUGCUACUCCAUUCAAAAUCAGCUCUGCUGUCAUAAAAUUGAAGUAUUGCUUUCUGUAAAGAAACUUUCAAUGCACCAUUUAUGCUUCAUCCUUCCUUUCCCUCUCCCUCUCCCUCUCCCUCUCUUUUUCUUCUCUCUCUCUCUUCCUUCUAUUCGUGCUUCCCCUCCACCUUUAUCCUUCUGGUCCUCCUCUCCCCUUUUGUCUCCCUUUCUCUCUUGCUCUCCUUCUCCCCUCUGACUCCCUCCCCCUCUCCUCUCUCGCUCUCCUAUUCUUUCUCGCUCUCCUAUUCUUUCUCGCUCUCCUAUUCUUUCUCGCUCUCCUAUUCUUUCUCGCUCUCCUAUUCUCUCUCGUUCUCUCUCGUUCUCUCUCUCUCUCUCGUUCUCUCUCGUUCUCUCUCGUUCUCUCUCGUUCUCUCUCGUUCUCUCUCUCUCUCUCUCUCUCUCUCUUGCUCUCCCCAUUUUCUCCUCUCCCCACCCCUCUCUUCCUCCCCACCCCAUCCCAAAUCAAUCCCAUAUCACACUGGUGUGGGCGCUGUGAUUCCUGUCAGCAUCUACUACUAGUUAUUCUGGUAAAUGCUGGUUACUGGGGUUAUGCAGCUGGCUGUGAUUCCCAGUUCAUCUUAACUGGUUUAGAAGUUACUAAUCUGCUUUCUUAGUCCUGGAUUUGAACUUCCUCGUCUCUUGGCUCCUGCCAGAAUCCCGGGCAAAAAUUUGACAAUGUUAUCAGUUGCGCCUCCUUGCUCAACACUAGUUUCUCUCUAAAGCUAUUGUGGGAUGCUGGGUGGAGCUGUGUUACAGAACGCCUGAUUCAACUUCCGGCAGUUCAUUAAUAACAAGAGACUGGAGGAAGUUGUGGCUGACAAUUUCCUGUCCGUAGUGUCAGUACUGAAACAAGAUGCUUUACACACUUUGAAAUUAUCUUCCUAAAACAUUACCCCAUCUCGAUUGUUUUUAUUUUUUAAAUUAUGUUUGAUUUAUUUUCUACUCUCGCAGCUUUCGGCUUCAGGCAAAUUCUCAAUGUUGAAUUUAUCUUGCCUUAAAGCAAUAACAAGUCAACCCAUUGCGUUUGCCUUAAUCAAAGAUCUUCAUUAAUCCAAGAUUUAUUUUGCCUGCAAAACCACUUUGAGCAGUUGUCUUUUCAUCUAAUGCUGAAGGAUCUAGCCACUUUCUUUGGAAGUAUUUAAUGACGUAUUUCAGUUGUCCUUGUGGCAAUGUGAAACAACAUCCACGGAUGUAGAUGGAGAGGAGAGGGCAAAUAGAUUUUAGCAAGGCAUUGAAUAUGAUCAGGUUCUGGGAGCUUGAGCUGCAUAGACAUGACCACUACCAAAUUGUGGAAACUAACAUGCUUUUGCCCAAUUUGCUUUGAAUUGAACAGGGAGCAUUGGCUGCAACAUGGAUCCUCUUCAGAGAUAGACACAAAGUGCUGGAGUAACUCAGCGAGUCAGGCAACAUCUCUGGAGAGAGAGGACGGGUGACGUUUUGGGUCGGGACCCUCCUUCAGACCUUCAUCACCCACCCAAACAUAUUUUUUUCUCCAGAGAUGCUGCCUGACCUGCUGCGUUGCCCCAGCACAUUGUGUCUACCUUCGGUGUAAACCAGCAUCUGCAGUUCCUUGCAACACAUGGAUCCACUUCAGCGAUUUAUAAUCUGAAAUGAUGUUCACUGUAAUUGGACCUAUAUUUAGUGAGCAAGAUUGGUCCAUCUCAACUCAUUGUUCAUUCUGACUUUGUACACGGAAAACUCCUUUUACAUUUAAUCAAAUCCUUUUAUUUAGUUUUAUUCUUAUGCACUAUGUGGGUCUUUGUACAAUUGGUGUGAAAGUCAAUAGCCUUUCAAUAGAGACGCACCAUUGUGGUGACAAGUUAUUUGCUUUGGGUUUCCUGCUGAGUAAGGGAAAUAGACAGAACAUCCUGACUAUCAGUUACCUUACCACUCAUUAGCUAACAGCCUUUGUUCCCUGGAAAAUAGUCUAGUGGUUCACACUUGUAUUAAGUGACAUUUGAUCCUCAAACAAGUAUUACACACCGCCAUAGGUAAACCCUUAAGCUCAUCUAGGCUAUUCUGUUACGUAUUUCAUUAAAAGGAUUUUGUAAGUGGUUUUUCUAAAUUUGUGUAACCUGUUAUUACACCUGAAUGUAGCACUGAGCAGGUGAUUCAACAUGCUUUGUAAAUCCAGGCCUAUUUUCUCAAUAGGUUUGAGUAUAGAUUUUGUUUAUAUGGCAGAAGUAUGUAAUGUCAACAGUAAUAAAGUAUUUUUGCUAGACUGUCUUCAAUUUGGGUUAGUAAAACAUCACAGCACUAUAAAAGUUUUUUUUUAUUUUAUUUUUUUAAUGAUAAACUUGCUUUUUUUUAAGACCACCUUGUUAACUACUUUAAUAAAGACUAUGCAGACAGUAUCUCCUGCCUUAC